AUGAUACCUGGCCCAAGCGGGUUGCCGUUUUUCGGUUGCGCGUUUCAGCUGGAUCGGAAGAAACCGUUUGAAACUUUUAUGAAUUGGGCCGGGACGUACGGAGAGGUUUGUUUGGUUACACUGUUCGCCAGGAAAAUACUGUUACUUAGUAGUAGCAAGGUAUUGGAAGAGGCGUUGAUAACCCGGGGCAAAGAUUUCUCGGGCCGCCCUGCCCUCUUCUACAGGGCAAAGUUCAUGUCAGACGGGCACGAAGACAUCGUAUCGACGUCACCCUGCCCAGUCUGGAAAGUUCUCCGCAAGGGGCUCCAGCGAGAGAUGAAGAAAUACGACCCGAGCCAGCGCAGGAUCGAAUCCAUAAUAAACCUAAUUCUGGAUGAGUUGAUUAAGGAGUUGGCGGAUACGAACGGCGUCCCGAUUGAUCCCAGAGAGGCAAUUUUCACAUCCCUUAUCAACAUAAAUUGUCUCUUCAUGAUCGGCAAUAAAUUGGAUUACGGAGGUGAGAAACUGGAGAAGGUGAAAUCGUUGGUUACCAUCGUGUCAACUGUGAUGAAUAUAGGUGGAGAGGGAACGGAGUUAUAUUUUUUUCCAUGGUUGAGAUUUUUUGGGAAUAAAACUUUUGCGAAAAUUGUGAAAGCUAAAGAGUUGAGAAACGAUGUCUACAACUGGAUGCUUCAGAAGAUGAAACAUGAUUUGGAGUGCAACACUGGCGAAGAAGGGAUCAUGCAUUUUUUUUACAAACUCAUCUUGAAGAACCAAGACCUUCUGCGUGAUGACCACCUCAAGCUAGUUAUGACAAACUUGCUAAUAAGGGGUACCGCCUCAUUCAACUGUUAUUUUUACUUCCUCGUCAACAUUCUGGCUCAUUACCCCAACGUUCAGGAACUUAUCCACAGAGAAAUUGUCAAUGUCAUAGGUCACGGUAAAAGUCGGAGACCCAGUUUGACCGACAGACCCAAAAUGCCUUACACCAGAGCCACUAUAUGUGAAAUUUUCAGGUUCAUAAAAAUUGUUUAA